UGCCGCCAGUAUCGAAGCAUUCAACUAUUCAAUGCGUUACAACGACUCAUGCAUGCACUAAUACAUUAAAAAAUAGCAUAGUCGUGCGGAAUAUUAAAUUAGUUGUGUGUAGCAUGAAAGUACAACUGCCACAUUGCCUUAUAAAAUAUGGCAGAUAAAGAGCAUCACGUGCACUUUAGCGGAGCAAGUGGCCCCGGAAAAGACAACAAAAUUGUGAUACAACCACAACGACAUGGACAAAUAGAUGUUCAUCUUGGAUUCUUACAACUUCAUCAUAGAUAUCAUAUUGAAUUCUCCAUUCCUUGGGAUUUAUGUAUUCAUAACGAAAGAAACAGUAAUGAACCUGCGAUAAUCACGGAAUAUCAUAAUCCCUAUUGUCAUAUUAUAGAACUAACACAUGAAAAGGAAAGCUUAAAGUUAAAAAUAGAAUUUUUAGCAUAUAAAGAAAAAAUCUUAAAAGAAGAAGUUCAAAUAAUAUGCUGUAAAGCUGGAAUUCCAUUAAUAAUCCAACUGAACGCACGCGUAUUGGGAAAAGACAAAGGGACGCCAUUACUAAGGACUGGAAUACAUAAUAUCGGUCUAUUGAAACAACCAAAAGAAGAUGAGGUGCUGGGUACAAAAUUGAAGGCAUCUUUAAGUAUGCGAAACCAAGAAGAUCUUUGAACAAAACACUGAGAUUGAGAUACACAAAGAAAUGCAUCUAAUAGAGGACGUAUAAUAAUAAGAGGGAAAACUGAUGCAUGAGAACGUUACUUAUUUCGAACUUUAAUCGUGCAAAACGUAGGUUAGCAUUACAAUGAAAUUCAUCGUUGCGAUCAAUUAUUAAUGAUCAUUGUUUUAAUCUUAAGAGAAUCACGUGCAUGCAUUUAAUUGCACGUUAAAUGCAAGCAUAACGAAUGUUUUAUCUAUCGAGAUCAAGUUAAUUAUACAGUCUAUUUCUGCACGAUGUAAUUUUCGAAAUAUGCCAUGUUCUUAGGAAAAAAAAAGAGCUUCUCUUCGAAUUUAUUGCAAUUGGUCUAAUUGCACAGGCCUAUAUCACAAUCGCAAGACUUCUUUUUUCUCUUGAAUCGAGAUUAUAACAAUUUCGACGCAAGAAACAAAGUGUUCCUUUAAUCAGCCAGUUUUUAAAGGAUCACAUCAAAAUAUCUAUAAUUACGAGUUAUAGCUAAAUACCGCAUUUGCCUACUGUUCCUUAAACGAAAACGUAUCACGCAAUGCCUAUACAUUAUAUAUAUAUAUAUAUUAAUAUAUAUAUUAAUUAUAUAUUAAUAUAUAUAUAUAUAUAAAUCUAUUACAUCUUUUAAUAUUUAUCAUCGAUCUAUUCGUUGUAAUGAUAAAAUUGUAUUUUAUUAUCGUUUUACAUCGAGCAAAGAUUUUAAACGAUAAGAAUAUAUUACUAAUCAAAAGCAAGUUUCACAAAUAACGAUGCUGUUUUCUAAUUCCUUGCUAAGCUAAUAUUAGAAUUAUUAAAAUGAACGAAUUCAAUGAAUGUGUUUUACUAACAAUCAUUUCAUAUUGAACCCUUAUUAUUUCAUUAUUAUUUAUUUUACAGAUUGAAGUCGUCGUUUAUUCAAGAUUAAUUUAUUGUUCCAGAUCAAGAUAUUCCGAAUAUUUAGAAAAAAUUCUUAUAUACAUGUUUCAAAAUAAUUAAAGUUUUUGAUAAUACAAAAAAUAAUUUAAUCAGUUAUUAAUCAGUAAUUAAUCAAUUAAUUUUGAAUAGACUAUAACUUCUUCAUUUUAUAUUUAUAGUAAUAUGCAUUUUACUAAUCAUAAAUUUCUUUUUAAUUAUUAAAACUAUACAAUUUUUUUGUGUUUGAUGAUAUAUAUUUCGACAUAUUCGCUACUAUGUCACUAUAUUACAUCAUAUUAUUUUAAAAAUUCAUUAUCAUCAUUAAUUUUAUUUUGUAAAUAUAAUAACUGACAUGCAUAAUAUCAACUUCAACACAAAUAUUUAUAAUUUUUAUACAUAAUAGCAGCGAAAAUGUUAAAAAAUUAUUAAAGAAAUAUCGUCAGCAUCGAAAACUUGACUGUUUCAUAGGAAUGCCAGUAGGACCAUCAACGAAUUCGCAAAUGUUGAAACCAAAUCUGGCUAAAGGAUGACAAUUACUUUUAGGAUUACCCCACUUGCCUCUAAAAGUCAUCCAGCUGGGUAAGAUAGUGUUCUCCUCUUUCAGAAGCAAUUCCAUUUUUUUCCAUGUAGGCCAAGCGAUUCCAAAACCACUUUCGUCAUAAAGACGAGGUAAUCUGACGAAUUUGUGUUUCCCUGGCGCAGUCCAAAGUCCAUGCGAUCCUCGCGCGCUAAAUAAUAUGGGAUGAGAGCCGUCGGCAGUGAAAACUUUUUCAGGAAAUAUAGGUUUUUGAAAUAUUCCUUUCCGCGUCUCUUGACUCUCAUAAACAAAUGUACCGCUUCGUAAAUCAUACCGAUAGAACGCCCCUGCGUCAUGCGCGGACACGUACAUGGUUGAUGGAUGAUUUGUAUCCUAAAUUUAAAAGAUAAACGAUUGAUUUUGCACGAAGAAGUAUAGAAUAAAAUAAUAAAAAUUCAGCAUAAAUAAAAUAAAUAUAUAUAGGAAAUAAGUAUAAUAAUAAUAAUCUAGAAGAGACUCCAAUUUGAAAUGUUCAAAUGAUAUUUUUAUAAAUGAAUAUAGAAUUAAAUUAUAAAGUAAUUAUACAAUAAUAAUGAAAAAAUGUAAAAAUAAUAUAUAAUAGAUAAUUAAUAAUUAUUUUUUCUUUUUACUUUUAGGUUUAUGUUGUUCAAUAGUUGUAAAGAAAUAUUUCAAAAUAUUUUCUAGAAUGAAAAAUAUUUUGUUUUUUAUAUGGAAUAAGAGUAUUCAUCUACCUUGAAAUAAAGACUCAUGUGUUCCCAAUCGCCCACGUGAUUACCAUAUUCUUUAAACAUUCCAAGGCAUAUCCCGCCCACAGUGGGUAUCGGCCAGCUACCAAAAAAUCCAAGAUCCAGAACACAGACCGCCUUUCCCUCGCUAAACGGAUAGAACAUCCAAUAGGUCACGUGAAAGUGCAGUUUCUGGGACCUGUUUCCUUUUUUCUUUUUUUUUUCAAAAUCAUCAUGUUUCUGUAAGUAUUUAAUCAAUCAAUAAAAUAAUUUCUGAGAAUUUUAUAUCAUUUUCAAAGUACUUUAAAAAAUCUUAAUUAUCAUUUUAAUAACUAUUAUUUAAAGAGAAAAAACUUUCUUUUUUAUGUCUCUUUUUUUUAGAAUUAAAAUCUUUACUUUAAUAAUUUUUAUUUCUACAUAAUUUUUCUAUAAGAUUCUUAUUUAAUGUACCUCUAGAUUCUGUUUAACAUCGGUCUUCCAAAUCUUUUGUGAAAGAUCGUUGGUGAAGAUCAUAGUCGACCCAAAAUCGUCGAUCUGCAGCAUAUUUUUCGAUGAUAUCAAUGUUUCGUCCCUUUUUUUUGGAAAAUUUCUUUCAUUCCUGAUCUUUAUCACAUCUGCAGAAACAUCUGGAAUAGCACAAUUCUUGAUCACAGCAUAAAUCGGUACCGUACCUGUUGGUUUUCGGCCGUAUAGAAACGACGAUCGAUUCCUCAACAAUAUUUCUGUCAAUGUAAAAAUUGUUUCAUUAAUUUAAUUGUUUUCCAUGUUCCAUUUCAUAAAAAAAUUAGAUCAAAGUAGAUCACAUAAUUUUUAAAUUUCUCUAAGAAUAAUUGUGUCAUUUAUUCUGUUAUUUAUUUACCUACGUCAAUUUUGGUAUGAAGAUAAUCAACGUCGGAUUGCAUAUUGUCAAGAAAUUCUGGUACUCCAAGGGGUAAAAAGAGUUCGCCAGGUGCGAGCCAUACUAGAGGCGCCCAAUCUCGAACUAAUCCUUUUACUGUAAUGUAAUUAAAUAAAGAUGAUAUAACAUCAUAAUGGAAAUAAGAGAAAUAUUUUAUCAAAUUAAUUAAAUGCAAAAAUUUAAAUUAAAUUUUAAA